AAGGAACCCAACCCCCAACGAAAUCGUGGCUCGUCCCAGAUAGAUUACAGCCCCUUGGACUGUAAGGCCUUGCGACUUAAAUUUCCCUGGCUAGUUUAAAAUCUAUAAUGGCAAUAGGGUUUCAUCUGAAUUAGAGCUCUUUCUGCAUUCAAAUAAGGAAGCGUAACGAUGAGUGUUGCGGCAACUUUUCGCGGGAAUCUCAUCCUUCUAUCCCGAUGCAGCUUUUGCUGUGAUAUUCGAUUUCAACCGUGCCUGCCUCCUUCCGAUGGUUAUCGGCAUUUACGGUUUUCUCGGAGUGGCUUGAAGAUAGUUCGGAAUCGACGAUCAAAUGGGAAGCGAGAAACUGCUUGUAGAGUUACUGAGCCACAUUCCGAACCAGAUGGUGACAACGAGGAGCAGAAAGAGGCACAUGAAAAUGGAGAAACACAAUCUUCGGUAAAUUCUCUUGAGCAAAAUGUCUCUCAGUCUUUAGAUGGGGAGCAAGUAAACAAAUUUGACGAUGAAAAUCUAGGUCAAAAUAAUGAGCAGAGUGUAGAUAGUGUAGAAGUUGCAAGUGGUUCACCUCUUCCAGGUGUGAAGCCACAGCAACUGGAGGAAGCAAUACAAAUUCCAAAGGAAACGAUUGAAGUUCUUAAGAACCAAGUUUUUGGCUUUGAUACUUUUUUCAUAACAAGCCAGGACCCAUAUGAGGGUGGAGUCUUAUUCAAAGGAAAUCUAAGAGGGCAAGCUUCAAAAAGUUAUGAAAAGAUAUCAAGGAGAAUGCAGGAUAAAUUUGGAGAUGAAUACAAGCUUUUCCUUCUGAUCAAUCCUGAAGAUGAUAAACCAGUGGCUGUAGUAGUUCCACGAUCAACCUUACAACCAGAGACAACUGCUGUACCUGAGUGGUUUGCUGCUGGAGCUUUUGGACUCGUUACAGUGUUUACCUUACUGCUUCGCAAUGUCCCUGCAUUGCAAUCUAAUUUAUUAUCAACUUUUGACAAUCUCAACUUAUUAAAGGAUGGCCUACCUGGAGCCGUUGUUACUGCACUUAUUUUGGGGAUACAUGAACUCGGUCACUAUUUGGUUGCCAAAGAGACUGGAGUCAAGCUUGGGGUGCCAUACUUUGUUCCUAGCUGGCAGAUAGGCUCUUUUGGUGCUAUUACGAGGAUAAGAAACAUUGUGUCCAAUCGGGAAGAUCUUCUCAAAGUUGCAGCUGCAGGACCAAUAGCUGGGUUUACCUUGGGUCUUGUGCUUCUGUUGUUAGGCUUUAUUUUACCCCCAAGUGAUGGUAUCGGUAUUGUUGUUGAUGCUUCUGUGUUUCACGAGUCAUUUCUUGCUGGUGGCAUCGCAAAGCUGCUUCUCGGCAACGUGCUCAAAGAAGGAACUCCAAUUUCUGUCAAUCCUCUUGUUAUUUGGGCUUGGGCAGGCCUCCUUAUUAAUGCCAUCAACAGCAUCCCAGCUGGAGAACUUGAUGGUGGAAGAAUAUCGUUUGCCCUAUGGGGAAGAAAGGCAUCAUCCCGCUUCACUGCAGCAUCAAUUGUGCUUCUUGGAUUAUCAUCUCUGUUAAACGACGUGGCAUUUUACUGGGUAGUUCUCAUCUUCUUCUUACAAAGAGGUCCCAUUGCUCCUCUCUCUGAGGAAAUAACAGAUCCUGGUGAGAAGUAUGUUGCUCUUGGAGUAUCAGUUUUGCUACUUGGCUUGUUAGUAUGUUUGCCAUACCCUUUCCCAUUUACAGACGAAGUCCUUGUGAGUUUCUAGCAGCAUUAACGUCCACUUGAACUAUGGCCGAACCAUAAUUUUUUCGGAGUACGUGGUAGGAUUUGCGCGUGAA